CCAAAAGCUGGGAGCAGAUCAAAGGCCAGUGGUUUACUUUUCAAAACAACUGGACUCAGCCCCGAGAUGCCCCAGCUGCCUACAGGUGGUGGCAGCCACGGCCCUACUGGUCAGUGAGCCUUCUGAGCUCACCGUGGGACAACACCUAGAUGCAUCAACUCUUCAUCAGGUGCAAUCUGUGUUAGAAGCCAAAGGACACCAUUGGUUAACCAGGGGAAAGUUAGCAAAAUAUCAGGCUCUCCUGAUGGAUACCCCUGAUAUUACUUUAAAGGUGUGCCAAGCCUUAAACCCAGCAACUCCUCUCACAGCUGUCGAAAAUGGAGAUUUAUUGCAUCAGUGUACAGAGACAAUAGAACAAACUUAUUCCAGCAGAUCCAGUCUCCUAGAUGAACCCCUUGACAACCCUGAGGCUGAACGGUUCACUGAUGGGAGUAGUUUUAUAGAGAUGGGAACCCGAAUGGCAGGAUGCUAUAGUUAGCUUAAAUGAAAUCAUAGAAGCCAAGGCCCCACCACCCCAGACUUCAGCCCAGAAAAAUAUUUUUACUGAUUCUAAAUAUGGAUUCCAUGUACUACACGCUCAUGCUGCCAUUUGGAGAGAGAGAGAGGAAUGUUAACUGCUAGAAAUUCUUCCAUAAAACCUAAAGAUUUAAUCUUGGCUCUUUCAGAAGCAGUGCAGCUCCCGACCCAGGUGGCAGUAAUUCACUGUAAGGGCCAUCAGAAGGACGGGUCCUUUAUAAGCCAAGGAAAUAACAAAGCUGAUCAGGCCACAAAACAGGCAGUUCCGUUGCAAGAGCCUGACCAAAUCAUGGCCCUAAUGAUUGGCCCCCCUGAACUCCCUGGCCUGCCCCAGUAUUCCCCACAGGAACAAGAGAAUGCUGAAAAAUGGGGCUAUAAGAAAGAAAGCACAGGCUGGUAUAUAAAGGAUGACAAGUUUCUUAUCCCUGGGGCCCAAGAAAGGAGGCUCAUUAAGGGUUUACAUGGUGCCACGUACUGUGGGGGGAAUACACUAUGGGACUUGAUACAAAGGACCUUUUCAGGAAACGGGCUCAAAGGAACAAUAAAAUGAGUGACCCUUGCCUGUGAUUUGUGUGCCCAUAAUAAUCCGCAGGCCCAUCCAAUCCCUCCUUCAUUACUCAAGCCACUUCAACUCCGUGGGACAUACCUGGGGGAAGACUGACAAUUAAACUUCACCCAAAUGCCCCCACAGUCAGGAUAUAAAUAUAUUCCUGUGCCUGUCAGUACUUUUAUAGGAUGGGUGGAAGCCUUCCCCACUCAAUCUGAAAAGACCACUUAAGUCUGUAAGUCCCUCUUAAAUAAGAAACGAUUCCUCGGUAUGGGCUUCUAAAAUCCCUCCAGAGCAAUAAUCGGCCCUCCCUCAUAGCGAACGUCACCCAAGGCCUAUCGACCGCCUUGGAAUUAGCUACAAUCUGCACACCUCUUGGCACCUCCAAUCUUCAGGAAAAGUAGACAAAAUGAACCAUACUUUAAAGAAAACCUUAACAAAACUUUGCCAAGAGAUUCAUGAGCCUUGGACCAACCUGCUUCUUAUUGCACUCCUCAGGGUUCACAUAGCCCCCAGGAGUCUCCUGAAGCUUAGACCAUUUGAAGUGACCUAUGAGACGCCCUUCCUUACCAGUGGUAUGAGGAAGUGAGCCAGAGGCUACAGUGUGUUAUUAACCUGGGACAGGUACAAAAGGCAAUCUUGGACUAAGCCAAGAAGGCACUGCCAGGUCCCACUAGGGAUAAAACAGAAGGGGCAGCCCCUCCACAAAUUAACUUCAGGGUCCAGGUUCUUCUUAAAACUUGGAAGGAGGGAUCCCCUGGAGAUCAACUGUUACCAAAAUGAAAGGGCCCCUGUAGAGUAAUUUUAGCCACCCCCACUGCCAUUAAACUACAAGGAAUACCUAGUUAGGUACAUUUAUCUAGAUUAAAACUCUUGCCUCCCAAAACCCCACAGGCCACAACAGAAGAAUACACCUGUGAGCCAGUAGAAGGCCUGAGAUACUUACUCAAAAACCGAGCACCACUACUAACAGAUGAGUAAAGGUAGGCUGGACUUCUAUUUGCUUACUUUGUUAUAGUUUUGCUCACAUCUUACCGGUUUGCUCAACCACCCCCACUGAAAAAGCAACUCUUUUGUCCCUCCUGGGUCUAGAAGACCAGAACCAAUGACGGAGUGGAAAACAUGGGCACUUCUCUUGGCCCUUCUCCUAAAGAGGGGCUGGGGAGAAAAUAAUAAGGGAAGGGGAACCUGGAGAGAAAACUCAGUCGUCAACUAUUCCAGCAUUUUGGCCUCAGGAAAAAAUCUCUCUAAUUGUUGGAUCUGUCAUCCUCUCACACAAGAGGGGGUUUCUCGGUUCCGGUUUGUGCCUGUAGAUGAGGACAUUAAUCUCAUCCUGACUUCUGAACCCAUUAGGAGCACGCCGCUUCUAAUAGUGGAACUCGAAGAUCAUGAUGAUAUUGGGUGUGUAGAGCUUACAGACCCUUGGAACCAAACCGGUCUCUGGAUCAAGCGGCCCCUUCUCUGCACAGGGCAAGGAAAACCCUAUUGCCCCUGCCAGACAGAUACCUGCCUUACUGAUACGGGAUGCUCGCUCUCUAUUUAUCCUAUGUCAUUUUCCACUUCAAGCUCCUCAUGCACUCCUAACCAGACUCGUUGGUGUGUAGACCCAUCUCUGCUCUCCCCAGGGACCCAACCCAACACCUCUUGUAUGCACUGGAAGGGAACAGCAGCCCCUUCCUGGAGGCUCACCUAUCAGACCCCAUCUGCCUUCAGUGACGAGGAGGGAAUAGAGGAAAACUCAGAACUAGAUGGAGGACCACUAGACGGAGGGCCCCUGUCCCCCAGAUGCAAUAAUGCACCUAGCUGGGGUUCCCUUUUACGUCGAUAGUUUAAUUCCACUUCACCCCGCCAAGCUUGCACCCCCACUGGACAUCUGUUCCUCUGUGGUCCACCCCAAAAUAAACUACCCUUCGAAGGGAACCCAAAUUCCUCCUUCUCCUGGCCUCUCCGAGCAAUGGCCUAUCCAUGCUUAGACAAUGUUCACUUCCGGGGAGAAUGCACUUUGGGACGACUGGGCCCUAAAGGACAAGGUGCCACCAUAUGUAAUAAUGCCACCUCUCAAAACAGACAUAGCUGGGUACUCAGACUAAUCCUGGCAGGAAUUGGGGUGGCCAUAGGAGUGGCCGCCCCUGGGGCGUUUUUCCCUAUCACAAAACAACCUUAAGAAACCCACACAGGCCAUGGAGAACCUGGCCUCAAAAACUGGUGAUGGGAAUUCCCUAGUGGUUAGGACUCAGUGAUUUCAUUGCCGAGGGCACGGGUUCAAUCCCUGGUCACGGAACUAAGGUCCCGAAAACCUCACUCGGCGCAGCCCAAAAAAAAAAAAAAUGGUGAUGCCUUUAAGGGGCCUCCAGGAGUCCCUAGAUUCCUUAGACAAUGUUGUGUUUGACAGUAGGUUAACCCUGGAUUAUCUUCUGGCUGAACAAGAGGGUGUCUAUGCAGUAAUUAACAAAACUUGCAGUACAUACAUCAACAACUUGGGGGAAGUUGAACUAAAUAUUCAGGAAAUUUAUGAACAAGCUAAGUGGUUACUUGGGUUCAGCUACCCCACUGCCCAAACUAUAUGGGACUCAAUUAAAGGUUACAUCCCUAGCAUUACUUGGUUCCUGCGUCUCCUGGGCCCUCUAGUGGCAGUAGUUCUUCUGUUAUUGUUCAGACCCUGCCUGUUUAAUCUUUUAGUUAGAUUUGUGUCUUCCAGGCUUCAGCAGUUCCAAGUGAGGUUCAUGGUGGCCCAGGGAUUUCAACCCGUUCCAUUAGAAGGUGACCCAUGUCCCUUUAGGUCCUUGGAACAGUCAUCAAGGGACUUCUACACCUCUAGGGUAGGCUAGGGUCUGUGGCCCCUGUUCAGCAGGAAGUGGCUCCAGAAGAAGAGAUGUUUGGCCCCUUGACCCUUAAGAAUAAUGGGUGUAGGGCUUCCCUGGUGGCACAGUGGUUAAGAAUCCGCCUGCCAACGCAGAGGACACAGGUUCGAGCCCUGGUCUGGGAAGGUCUCACAUGCCAUGGAGCAACUAAGCCCAUGCACCACGACUACUGAGCCUGUGCUCUAGAGCCCGCAAGCCACAACUACUGAGCCCAUGUGCCACAACUACUGAAGCCUAUGUGCCUAGAGCCUGUGCUCCACAACAAGACGAGCCACUGCAAUGAGAAGCCCGCACACCACAACAGAGAGUAGCCCCCACUCACUGCAACUAGAGAAAGCCUGUGUGCAGCAACGAAGACCCAACGCAGCCAAAAAUAAAUAAAUAAAAUAAAUAAGUUUUUUUAAAAAAAGAAUAAUGGGUGUAGAAUCCCUCAAGAGAGAAUGAGAUUGGCUGAGACCUAGAGUCAUCUACCAGGACACUUGCACCUGGACAGCGCCUCCUUGAACAACAGGAAGCUGGCAACCAUAAACGGACCAAGGGGUAAAGCUUCCUUAAGCAAAGGGAUGCUGAAGGCCGUGAAUCAACCACAAGUGAUUAAAAACAACCUCAUGCCUGUGCAGCAGGGACAAUGUUGGCCGCUACACAGCCUUCCUGGUGGCGGUAUGAGCAAGUCUGGCAUUCUGAGGUGGCAGCACAGGAAGUGGGAAACUGCACGUGGUCUCUGUAUAUGGCCCUGCCGAGAAGGAUGGGCAACCUGCCUGAGCCAUGCCCCCGUCUGGCCUGCGGGUCCACCCCCACUGUCACCCCAUCAGAGCACCCAGGGAGCUCUUUGUGAAGGAGUGGGCAAGGACACCUGGUGCUUGCUCUCACUUCCUUAUGCUGUAGCACAAGCCCCCAUAAAGCCAUGUCUGAAAUUCUCA